GACUUGCACGCUACCGUCGAGUUCCAGUUCCGUCCACAGCUACUGUGGCUCUCGCGAAAUGCCGUGAAACUGCUGCUUGGCCACGAGUCACGUGACCUAUGUUCGACACCCUAUGCGGCCUUCGUGGCUCUGCUGAGCCCUCAUCCCAUUCCUGUUCGCCACCAUCACGUCGACAAUGCCUUAUGAUACCCCACACCCCCGUUUGCGCAAGAGUGAUCCUCUGGUGGAACACCCCCUUCGGCCAUCUCGACAUCGUCUCCCCGACAACCCCAUCCAGCGUGUAUGGCGCCGUCACUGCCUUUUUGAAGCCCCAAGGGCGAACAAUACGUCAAUUCUUCGGGAUGACGUCCUCCAGGUCGUCUUCGACUUCUUGGCGAAGGAACGGGUGCGCUACGGCGGCAACCUCAGACUUGCGAGCGACGUAAUCCCGCUAGUGUGUGGGAGCUGGAAAAGGCUCUCCAUCCCCCGGACGUCGCUGUGGCGAACGUUCAUUAUACAUCAACGCUGCAGUACGCGUGAAGUCUGCGAUAGGCUGGAUCUGUCGGGCAACCAAGGCCUACAGGUCGAGUUCACGCGAAUGCGCGGCGUCGUCAAUUGGGGGCUUCACCUGUCGGAACUCCGACACCUUAUACGCCUCGCGGAGAUAAUGUGCAAGCAUGUGGGGCGAUUUGAGGAAUUCACGAUCCUCCGCUUCGACGCUGAGCACACAUCUACCAUCCUGAGGGUGUUCAACAAGCCCGCACCAAGCCUCAAGCUCAUCUCCGUCAAGUUAGGUGAGGAGGGCGUUCCGUACCCAGAUGACCAGUGGCUCCCCGAAAUGGCUCUACAAAUUUUCGACGGCUCGAUGCCGAGUUUGAAGGAUGCCACCAUAUACGACUUCCCGGUCUCUUUCGCGGGGAUCGGCCACCUCCUUGUCCUGGGGCUUCGUAUACGGUCUGCGUGCACCCUCGAUGACCUUCUGGCGGCGCUUCGACAAAACACCCUCCUGGAGAGCCUCACCAUCGACACGGACGGGUUGGAAUGUACCAUGGAUCGGAGUCUCGUCCACCUCCCACGGCUCCGCAACUUCACGGUGAAGGGGCCGCAGGAUGACGCCAUUCGCAUCCUCAACUCUUUGGUCUUCCCCAAGAGGACGAACGUCUCUGUGCAAAUGUGGUGCCUCUACCCGGACGACGAAGAGGAAAGCGUCGCUGAGGUAUACGAAAGCUCCUUCAAGGAGCACUUGCGCGACGCAAGAUAUGUGAUGUUCGGGAUCAAGGAGAACAAGAAGCGGCAGAUCGUAUUGGUGCUAAUCUCUGCCACCAAGGAUGCCAAAGUCGUCGUCUCCUGGGCAAUACCCGAGCCGCCGGAUGAUUCGGACUCCCGCAUCAUUGGGCCGCGGACGGACAUGCUUGACUUUGCAAACGUCAGGCAUUUGGACAUCGUAACGCUCCCAUCUAGGAACGUUCUGGAAUCCUUGCUAUGGGAGAAUAUGCUGGGCCUCUUUCCAGCACUGCAGGAAAUAAAGGUCCGUGCGCCGUUACCACCGCCGGUGCACCCCGUGCCAGAGGAAGGACUACCGCCGGCGGACCCCGCGCCAGAGGAAGGACCGCCCAUCGACUCGGACAAUGCUGAUGAAACGGACCUCAACCCGAUCGGUCAGUAUGAGCCGGCGAUGCUGCGCACCAUCCGUGAGCUCUGCUACACGUUGACGAUGGGGGCACCCGACGACAGUCUCGGUGCUGAGCCGGGCGCGAGGAAGAUGCUUUUCCCGAACAUACGCAACCUGGCGAUGCUGAAUAAGUACCUCGAACACGAAGAGGCAGAUGAACUCAGAGAGUUGUACGAGUGGUGGAUGGAGAUGCGUCCGUCAGAGGGCUUAGCCAGGAUGUCCUUAAUUGGUCCCGCGAACUGAGGAUCCUGAAAUGACCGACUCAUAGCUCGAGCCGGGGCUUAUGCUGGUCUUGCUGGACCAUCCUACGAUCCACGUAUCGCUACAUCAUUCAACGUUCACUCACGUUCAUCGCUAUUGCUGCAUCUGUACAUGAUUAUGGACCUUCCCCCCAUCACCGCAUUUGUAUACACACCGCAACGAAGUGCUCGGAGCGGUUGUCUACGUAGACUUCAUGGGCGGAUUGUCCUAGAUAUUAUCUUCCACUCAUGACAUCCCUGGUUGCCCUGU